ACGCUGGUGUCGCCACUGGUGGUGGGCGAGGGCAACCUGCAGCUCGUGCAGCAAGAGCUGGCCCAGCAACCCAAUCGCAGUGUGCUGUUUGUGGGGAAUCACACCAUCUACGGCUUCUAUGACACGCCCCUGUUGCUCUAUGAACUGUACAUGAGGGGAUUCAAGUGUCGCUGUCUUGCGCACCCCAGCUUCUGGCUCCAGGAAUCUCUGGCAGAACUUGUGGAAAGCUUUGGUCAUGUCAAGGCGUCGCCCCGUGCCUUAUACGAGCUGCUCAAAGAGGGAGGGCCUGCGCUAGUGUUCCCUGGGGGCUCCAAAGAGACGUGCCGCCUCAAGGGUGAGAGGUAUCAGCUGAGGUGGGGAAUUGGCGAGGGCAACAGAGGCAGCAGCGGCGGCAGUGGCGACGGUGGCAUGAUGCGCAUGGCAGCGAAGCUCAACGCCAUCAUUGUGCCCUUCGCCAUGGUCGGCGCUGACGACGCUUUUGACAUUGCUCUAGAUCGGAACGACCUCCUGGCCUCUCCGCUGGGAAAACCCUUUCGCUCCUUGUAUGAAUCUCUCAGUCUUGACCCUGACACUGACAUCAGCCCUGUCACAACCAUUCCCGGCACCAACUUCCCCAGUCUAAUUCCCCUUCCCAGUCGCCUGGAGAGAGUGUAUUUUUAUUUCGGCACACCUAUUGACUUCAAGGACCUUCCACCUUCUACGUUACAGGACGGCAUGGUGCGGCAUGCAGUGGAGGAGGGUAUCAACCAUCUGCUGGCGUUGAGAGAGACCGACCCGGAGCGAGAGCUGCUCACCCGCUUGACCUCCAAGGUGCAACGCUUGCGGCCCGAAUUCUCCCGAAAUUGA